UGCCCUUUGCUGAUAAUACGACGGAUGAUUCCUCCGUCCUCGCCUUCAGUUAAGUCUUCACCUUUGAAUUCAAAAAGCUCCACCUGCAGGUUCAGAUGAUCGAUUAGUCAAUUACUUGAUCUUUGAUUUUUAGUUUAUACCCUGCUGGACUUGGGCCCAAUUUCCCCUCCCUCUCCUGGCCCGCUCACACUGUUCAUUUGAACCACGGCCCACUUCUAUACUGUUGUAUUACUGCAUUUUUUCUGACUUUGUGGACUAUUUCCAGUAUCACUUGGAGUCGUUCUGAUUAUUUUGUACAAGAAUGCCGCUGUCAUUAAUUGCUUGCAAGAGGGUUGAUCGCAUCAAUUAACUAAAUCAAUACCAAAGACGUAGUUAUAGGUUUUUAUAAACCCGAAUGCCCGAUCCCAACAAAGUAUUUAUACAGCUUUUACAUUUUUUGCGAGAGAGGCAAAAAGAGGUGAUGUGCAUUUCACUUCAGAGCAAUUUUAAGCCAUAAAACGGCCACAAGGUGGCAGAAGUGCAUUUGAUAAGAGUUCGUCAGGGAUCAUGUGAAUGGAAGAAUCACACAUGACAGGAAGGAGGAAGUGAGAGAGCGUGGAGGAGUGUAGCGUGAAGAAGUUUACGCAUUGUAGGGAAAUUUUAACGCAUGCACAUACAGAUGCGCAUGCAUGCACACACGCGUGCACACAUAUAGUUCCAUUCCAAAUGUGAAAAUUGUAAAUAGUUCAUGGUGUUAUAUUUGUAAAUAAAUUGUUAUUUUGAUGUAAAACAAUGCUGCACGGUGGCCGAGUGGUUUGCAUGUUGGCCACACAGUCACGAGAUCGGGAAGACCUGGGUUGAAUCUCCGCCCGGGCAUCUCUAUGUGGUGUUUGCAUGUUCUCCCCGUGCGUGCGUGGGUUUUCUCCGGGUACUCGUUUCCUCCCACAUGUUAGGUUAAUUGGUGACUCUAGGCUAGGAUAGGUUCCAGGGGGGAGGCUGAGCGACAACCCAGUAGGCAAGGCAGUUUUUGGGCCCGGGUCGGGAUCUCAAUGCUUAGCUCACUGCAUCCAGCUCACCAUUCAAUUUUGGAUCAACAUUUGCAAUAAAAAUGACUGUUGGAAUAAUUAACUACAUUUGCCCUCUCUCUUCAAUUGCUACUGUUCACCAGCAACGGACGCUAACACGCUGAACGCACAAUUCAGAAGCAAUAAAGGCAAAAUCCGAGUACAGUGCUCUACUUGGCUGUUACCAGCAGAGGCACUGUUGCUGCAGUCUUAACUAGUUAGCUGUCUAAAGAAGUACAAGAUGGCAUCAGCUAUGGGAAUCUGAGCUACCACCCACGCUAUGCCAAAUAUGGGUAGGAUUAUUCUGCUUGGAAACUAGUUAAUAAUUUAGAGACAUUCUACUAACCCUUUAAAAAUAUUUGUGUCAUUUACAGUCAAUUGGUAAUUUUCCCCACAGCUGAUCAAAGACUGGGUCAAAAUAGACAUUUAACUUUUUUUUGUUGCUCAGCUUUUCCCAUCAACAGUCACCACUACAAGUCAAUUGCGUUUGAUUUGGCUUUGUUUUUACACCAGAUCCCCUUACUGACGAUUCUCCCAUUUAUCUGGGUUUGAGACUGGAAAUGGAAAUAUCCAGGGACCAUAGCUGGGAACCGAACACGUGCCAUCUGCACAUAAGAUUGAUCAACAUGGAAAAUAGCAGAUCCCACUUUCCAUUUCCCUACCAGCCUUACACCAUCCAGGAGGACUUGAUGCGCUCCUUAUACAGUGCACUCGAUCAAGGCAAAGUUGGCAUCUUUGAGAGCCCCACUGGGACGGGUAAAUCUCUGAGUCUGAUAUGUGGAGCACUGAGCUGGCUUACAGACUUUGAGGCCAAUAGGAGGCAAGAGGCUGCUGCUCUGCUGCAGGGAGGAGAAACUGCACUUUCUUCAUCUAAAGAAGAGGCCUCCACUCAGAACUCAUCUGCAGAACCUGACUGGAUCACCAGCUUUGUCCACAAAAAGGCUGAACGGGAUUUGGUGUCAAAGUUGAAGGAAGAUGAAUUGAAAAGGAAGAAAAGAGAGGAGCGGUUAGAGGUGAUUAGAAACAAUGUUCAUCUGAAGUAUGCAAUGAAAAGAAAGAGUCGUGAGGAAGAUGAAACAUUGAAGUUGCUGCAGCUCAGUAAAGAGGCUCAAGCUGAUGCACCAGCAAUUCAAGAUGAUGAGGAUCUUAUCGUUGUGGAGUAUGAGAGCGAUGAUGAAUCCAAGUUAAAGAGUAGAUUUUGUGGAACUGAAGAAGAGGAAGAGGAUGAACUGGUCGAAGAGCAUGUCACAAAGAUUUACUACUGCAGUCGCACCCACUCACAGCUCACUCAGUUUGUCCACGAGGUGCAGAAGAGUCCCUUUAGCAAGGACAUCAGUCUGGUCACGCUGGGCUCACGGCAGAAUCUUUGCGUCAAUGAGGAGGUGCGACGCCUGGGCAGCCUUCAGCGUAUUAAUGACCGCUGUAUGGAGAUGCAGAAAAACAAACAUGAGAAGCCGCAUCACGAUGAAGAAACAAAGAGGAAGCGAGGCCCAGCCAAGAGCGUCUGUCCGUACAUCAGGGCCUCGGCGCUGCAGCAGAUGAGGGAUGAAGUUCUGGGCACCGUCCAUGAUAUCGAGCAACUCUUGAAGCUUGGCAGGGAAAGUCAUUCGUGUCCUUACUACGCCUCACGGCUUUCUGUGCCCGCGGCGCAGUUGGUGGUGUUGCCCUAUCAGAUGGUGCUGCAUGAAGCCACAAGGCGGGCAGCAGGGAUUCAGCUGAAGGGACAGGUGUUGAUAAUAGAUGAAGCUCACAACCUUAGCGACACACUUUCCUGCAUACACAGUGCAGAGCUCAGCGGCGCACAGCUUUGCCGCACCCACUCUCAGCUCAGCCAGUAUGCUGACCGCUUCAAGAGCCGCCUGAAAGCAAAGAAUGUGAUGUACAUUAAACAGGUGUUGUUUGUCAUUGAGGGGCUCGUGCGAGUGCUGGGAGGCAAGGUGGGUCAGAAUCCACAGAGCCAAACCUCAGAAGCAGCAACAGAGAUGCUGAGCAUUAACAACUUCCUCUUCAAAGCUCAGAUUGACAACAUCAACUUGUUUAAGUUGCAUAGAUACUUUGAGAAGAGUAUGAUCAGCAGAAAACUGGGUGGUUUUGUGGAGAAAUAUGCAGGUUCGGGCAUGAGUGUGCACACUCCGAUUAGGUCCAACAAAGAGAACCGCAGCACAGAGGGUUUAAGCCGCUACCUGCAGUCACUGCAGAGCAACCAGAGCAUGGCACCAGUUUCUCCCAACGACCAACAGGGGUCGGUAGAUGUUAACACUGUACUGGCUGCUUCCCCGAUGAUGCAAGUGGAGGGCUUCUUAAUGGCCCUUACCAACAGCAACACUGACGGCAGGGUGGUAAUACACAAACAAGGUACCUUGUCAGAGAGCAGCAUCAAGUUCCUCCUCUUGAACCCGGCCGUCCACUUUGCCCAGGUGUUGAAAGAGUGCAGGGCUGUCAUCAUUGCAGGAGGAACCAUGCAGCCUGUAGCAGACUUCAAACAAGAGCUGCUCUUCUCUGCCGGAGUGGAAGCACAGCGCAUUACAGAGUUUUCCUGUGGCCAUGUAAUUCCACCUGAGAACAUCCUUCCCAUCGUCCUAUGCAGCGGUCCAUCCGGUCAGGAGCUAGAUUUCACAUUCCAGAGCAGAGACUCUCCUCAAAUGAUGGAUGAGACUGGUCGUAUCCUCUCCAACAUCUGUAACGUGGUACCAGGUGGAGUUGUGUGCUUCUUCCCUUCAUACGAGUACUCCAGGCACAUUGUGUCCCACUGGCAGUCCAGUGGUGUUGUGACCCGUCUCGCCAACAAGAAGAAGAUCUUCCAGGAGCCAAAGAAGGCCAGCCAGGUGGAGCAGGUACUGGGCGAGUUCUCUCGUUGUAUCCAGAGGUGCUCUCUGCAAGAUGGUGGCUUGACAGGAGCAUUGCUCUUCUCUGUGGUUGGAGGAAAGAUGAGCGAGGGCAUCAAUUUCUCUGAUGACCUGGGCAGGUGCGUGGUGAUGGUGGGAAUGCCUUACCCGAACAUCAAAUCUCCGGAACUGCAGGAAAAAAUGUCUUACUUGGACAAACACCUGCCACACAGUGGAGGGAAAAGCCCUGGUCAAGCAUUAAUAGAAAACCUCUGCAUGAAGGCUGUCAAUCAAUCAAUAGGUAGAGCAAUCCGUCACCGUGGCGACUACUCCUCCAUACUGCUGUGUGACAGGCGAUACUCUCGUCCCUCCACCGUCUCUAAACUGCCGGCGUGGAUCAGAAACUGCACCAGCACACACCAAAGCUUCGGCCCCGCUUUCGCCGCCAUACGCAAGUUUUUUGUGGAGAAAAAGCUGAAGAACAACUAGCUUCAACCAUGAUGUGACUGAGCAUUCUAGAACCCCAAAAGUGCCGACAGAUUAAUGCAGGACAUCAGAAAUAAUCUUCUUGCUUACGUUUUAAAAUAUGUUCCACUUAUCAGCUUUCAGGGGAUGUUGUAUUGUUUUCACUACAGUGCACUUUAUUGUUCAGGAUUAUUUUGUUCUGCUUUUGUGCAACGCUUGUUGGAAACUAUGUGGACAAACCAAGAGUACGUGCAUAAAAGGGUCAUUACACAGACAGAAGGAAGUUAAAAUGGAAGAAAAUAGUUGUUCCCCCCAUUUGCAGCCAUAACUUCCAUGUAAGGCCAGGGUCUAGCAGCCCAAGCUAGACAGGUGUGUGUGUGUGUGUGUCUCAGUACGUUUUCCGCAUAAUGUCUCUUGACAAGCUAGAUUAAGUUUGUAACAUGGUUUGAACAUUUUUAAAUACCGCAUGUUGAAAUAAAUUAUUGAAGGAGCUACAAUGCAGAUACGAAGCACAACUUUCAUUUGCAACAUUAAAUAUUUAACAUGUUAUGUAAUGCAAACAUUGGUUUAUUGAAGAGAAAUGUGUGUGUAAAAUGCUUCCAUGAUUCACAAGCCUUUCUAACUUAAGACAUCCACAAAACUUGCACGUACAAACGUGUUAUGUAAUAUUUCUAGUUUGGUACAUUCACAACUAUCAAAUGCUUUUGUCAGUGCAUUAAAUCUUUGCUACCCACAAUGUCACACCUCCCAGUCGUCAUCGUCUGCUGCUGUAUGUGGGGAUGGAAGUGGUGGGAUGACGUCCGACAUUCUUGCAAAGGCUCCUCCGGCUCCGGUGGGAGCAUCAUUUGACUGUCCACCUGAUGGAACCUUGCCAGAAAUACCUAAAAGAGGAUACGUUUUUAAUGGGGCGUACUUUUCCCAAAUAUCCAUGCAGCAUCUGUCUGUUUUAUUUUCAUUACCUUUCCUGCGCAUGGCAAGCUUGUUGAAGAGAUCAGACAUGAAGUCACCACCACUUGAUGCUGCUCUGACUGCUAUGAAACAACAAAUGUUAGUUUGGAACCUGAGUAAUCUCUUUAUUAGGUACACCUGCAUAAUCAAUUCUAAUCCAAUCCAAGGGCUUUAUUUUAACUCCUGCCUGGGAACUAUUAGUUUAUCACUGUGAUUGCAGUUGCAGUGUUUUAACACUAAUAUUCUAUUAAUAGGUGUGUCACAAGAUCUCACAAGAAUAAAACAUGAGAUUUGUCAUUCA